UUCAUUCCAAUGGUAUUGCCAUCUGCCUGUCCACUCGCUGUUUCGAGUUUUGGGAUAAAUGGCAAUGACACAUACACCCAGAAUAUUGUUUACGGAGAAGUGCUAACUGCUUGACGGCAAAAAAAAAUUGCUGCUACCGCCUAGCUGCGACAGCUUUUGAUAGCCAAAUAUAGAGGUUUGCACUCCACUUGAAAAAAUGUAUUGAUGAAUUCUUCCAAAUUUGCAAUGAUCUCAGAUUCAGCAUGCUUCUACAGUAUGUUCGUGGCGUGAUUGCUUUUAGAUACUCUGCACUUUUUCGAGUUGUGAGGUGGUUCAAUUUUGACUUUCCCAGACAAGUGUUCUUGGUGCUUCCGGCGAUUGCGUGCUGUUUGUGCAUGUUUGUGCAGUGUUUUUUUUCCUUGUUCAUUCAUUCCUUUCUGUUUCCAAGGGCAUCAGAAACAAGUGGUUUAUCACACCAGUGGAAGCCUUUUCCAAAGUUUUGCUGGUACAAAGCGCAUGCGGUUGACAGGAACAUUGUGACCCACUUGUUGCGCACUGGACGUGUGAGUCGGGCGGGCUCACGUGGACGAGUCUUGAACUUCUACGACGACACAGAGCAGGGAGGGAAGGACUUGGCGGAAGCCAUUCAGGAGUUGGGCACUGCGCCUUUGGACGGUGUGAGUUGGGCGGGCUCACCUGGACGAGUCUUGAACUUCUACGACGACACAGAGCAGGGAGGGAAGGACUUGGCGGAGGCCGUUCAGGAGUUGGGCACUGCGCCUUUGGACGGUGUGAGUCGAACGGGCUCACCUGGACGAGUCUUGAACUUCUACGACGACACGGAACAGGACUUGGCGGAAGCCAUUCAGGAGUUGGGCACUGCGCCUUUGGACGUCCGAACGCCUGGAAGUGAAUGGAAUGUGAUUGAAGAUCAUGGACGUUAA